AUGGGCAAUAAUAAAAGAAAACACAAAUCCGGUUCUGCGGAGACGCUGAUCACGUUGACUUCGCGGAAGCCUCAAUGGGCGUAUCUCCACCUUGAAUUAGUCUCUGCUUCUUCCGAUUCAAUCGUUAAAUCAUCAUCUGCAUCAAUAGUACUGGACCCCCUCACGGCAAAGACCUAUCUGUCUGCAGCUCUCUCUCAGUACCUCGGGCUGUCCGGUACCGCUAUACCCAUUGAUAUACUGAAGAUAGGCGACAGACCAGGUCAAACGGAUGGAAAAUCUGUAUGGAUUCGAGUGCCGUACGAAGAUGCUGCCGCCGUAACUGCUGCAAUGAGUUCAUGGAUUGGUGCAGAUUCCGGAUCUGGUUCAGCAAACGUAGCAUGGAGAGUUAUCUCGAGGCGCUCUCAUCUCGGUGCUUUAGUUGGAGGUAGUGGGAUGGAGCUAUUCAUUCCUUGA